CAUCGUCCAGAGUCACAGCAAUGAUCAGUCCCGCCUGCUAUUUAUAAUCUAUUCCUCGAACGGAUACCACCCGUACCUUUGCUAAGUUUUGAUGCCAACCCAGCUCCAAAUAAAAUUCCAUUGCCAAAACCUUUUCUACAACCAUGGCGGAAGUAAAUCCAGCAGACCUUAGGGAUUUACCGUCUAGGUACCAGUCAUCAAGAGGCUUAAACGACGUCCUGAUCGGUGAGGACACCGCCCUCCCCCUUAUCAACACAAGCUCCACAGGAGACAUCACGACGCUUCGGGGUAUGCUGGAACAGUCUCCCGAGAUUGCACUGGAGUCGCCGCAUCGCAUUUAUCACGAAUAUCGUCCAGCAAAGGAUAAGAACGAUGUGCGAGGCGUGUUAGCAAUGAAAAGGUCAAACCUCCACCAGGCCAUCUUACGAGCAGCCGAGAACGGCUAUGCCACAGCAGUCUCGAUUUUACUCGACUUCGCGUCGCGAAACGGCGUCAGGCUGUCGUCCGUGAUUGACCGGGUAACCAUCAAGAGAACUAUCGAAACUGGCCACGCUGCCGUAUUCGAGGUGUUAGCCAUGGCAGACCCGACCGUCGCCACCCACAAUGAUUUUCAGGGCCGACUACCACUUGACUUAGCUAUAGCGUCACACGAGAUCGAGGUCGCCAGAGUAAUCCUUCAGCACGGCGGAGGUCGCGAAUUCGCGAAACCACUUCACGGUUCGACCUACCCAAACUCUCGGCUAUGCAAGGCCACCAGAUCUACCGAGAAAACCAUGACAGAGCUACUAAUACAACAUGGUUAUGCUGUCAGAGGGUCAGGAGCAUUGCAAAUGGCUGCGGAUCGCGGCGCUCUCGAUACCAUACGCCUCCUCGUGGAGGAGCACGGAGCUGACGUGAACGAGCGACUUCCCGCAGAAACUCUCCCACGUGUCGACAACGCUUUAUUCGCGAGCUGGACACCUAUGCAUUUUGCGGCAAGAUGGGGUAAAGAGGAGGCAAUGAAGCUGUUAGAAAGCUAUGGGGCGAAAACUGAUGUGUUGGACGUGAAUGGAAAGACUCCUUCGCGACUACUAGAGGAGCGAAAAGAAAGAAGCAAAACGUAAUAGCGCUCGUCUGCGUACGUAGCAGUUGCCGUUCCACGAAGCAGAUGGGAGGUCAUGAUGGAACCGUACCAUAUACCAAGAUAGCAUAUAUUCGCCCUGAAGUACUCCAACUAUCCCUCAGCUUUCUGCUAUCGCAAGAAGGCGCCUUUAGUAUCGCCUUGCGCACUUCUUUUUUUCGUUCACAGAGUGUGCGAAGCAAAUUAGUGCGAAAAACGCUGAUUCAAAUACUUUCGUAACUCUGCCU